AUGGUCUUGAAGCAGCAUGCCGGGCUGGUAGCUCCCGCGUGCGGCCUGUUUCUGAGACCACCGAGGCCAUCUCAACGGUGGCCCUGCAGCCGAAAGGCGCAGUGGAGCCCUGUUCCGUGCCAUCUCUUCCGCAUGCUUACAUACAUGACUGAUGAUGCGACAAUGCUUGCCCAUCGACCAGUGAGCGAGAGCCUGCAUGCAAUACUAGGGUGGGUUGACAACGUGGCGUCGUAUCAGUAG